AUGCCGCUCAUGAAAAAGGAGUUUUUAAAAUUAGCAUACGACUUAGCUGAAGUCAUGAAUAUUCCUCAUCGAUUUAAUAAAGAAAAAGGCAGUGCUGGUAAACAUUUUUACUACGACUUCAUAAAAAGGCAUUCUGAAAUUUCGUUGAGAGCACCGGAAUCGACAAGCAUAAUGCGCGCCGUAGGAUUUAACAAACCACAAGUGGGUCUAUUCUACGACAACCCUGAAAAGCUGAUGAAACAGUACAAAUUCUCACCCUUAAGAAUUUAUAACUGUGAUGAGACUGGUGUCAGUUGCGUGCACAAACAUCAAAAAGUUCUCGCUCCGAAAGCCAUCCGUCAAGUAAGUAAGCUCACUUCUGCUGAGACAGGCAAAAACAUCACAGUUUUGUUCUGUAUGAGUGCUAACGGUCACUAA